AUGUGCAUCAAUCCAACAAAUGGCGGUGCUGCUGGAGGAAUUGAUGAAUUACUUGUGAUGUUCUUUAGUAUUGAAUUGAUAAGAGUUAUACAAGCUUUACAAAAAGCAGCUUCUAUUCAUGGUAAUUUAAAAAUUGAAAAUUGCUUAGUAAGAUUACAAAGUGUACCAGAAGGAAGUAAAUCAUGGUCAUCAAUUUAUAAUUUUUAUUUUCAGAAGGGAUGCAAAUCUAAAUGA